UUUGGCUAAGAUCAAGUGUAGUAUCUGUUCUUAUCAGUUUAAUAUCUGAUACGUCCUCUAUCCGAGGACAAUAUAUUAAAUGGAUUUUUGGAGUUAGGAGAUGGAAUAGGGGCUUGCUCCGUCCACUCCACGCAUCGACCUGGUAUUGCAGUACUUCCAGGAACGGUGCACCCCCUCUGGGGGAACUAUUGCUGGUCUAAAAUGGGAGCAGGCGACGGACAGGCAGACUUCCGGCACCUCCAACUCCCAGAAAUCGCGUUGGUCCGGAUCCCACUCCGCGCGCCUGGGUGACGCCGUUGCUGCGCCGGAAGUGCGGCUGUGGGCUGCCAGGCUCCGUUAUGGCAGCUGCAGGGGCACGCUGGAACCAUGUGUGGGUCGGCUCUGAGACUGGGAUCCUUAAAGGGGUGAACCUUCAGCGUAAACAGGCGGUGAACUUCACCGCGACCGGGCAGCCGCGGCGCGAGGAGGCGGUGAGCGCCCUAUGCUGGGGCGCGGGCGGUGAGACACAGAUUCUGGUGGGCUGUGCUGACAGGACGGUGAAGCACUUCAGCACCCAGGAGGGCAUAUUCCAGGGCCAGAGGAACUGUCCCGGCGGGGAGGGCACGUUUCGAGGCCUCGCCCAGGUCGACGGCACCCUCAUCACAUGUGUGGACUCUGGAAUUCUGCGAGUCUGGGGUGACAGUGACAAGGAGACGUCUUCUGACCCACUCCUGGAACUAAGGGUGGGCCCCGGGGUGUGUAGGAUGCGCCAGAACCCAGCGCACCCCCACGUAGUUGCCACAGGUGGGAAGGAGAAUGCUUUAAAGGUGUGGGAUCUGCAGGGGUCUGCGGAGCCUGUGUUCAGAGCCAAGAACGUACAGAAUGACUGGCUUGACCUUCGUGUUCCCAUCUGGGACCAGGACAUACAGUUCCUCCCUGAGUCACAGAAGCUUGUCACCUGUACAGGGUACCACCAGGUCCGUGUGUAUGAUCCAGCCUCCCCGCAGCGCCGGCCGGUCCUAGAGGCCACCUAUGGGGAGUACCCACUGACGGCUAUGACUCUCACUCCUGGGAGCAAUUCAGUGAUUGUGGGGAACACUCAUGGGCAGCUGGCAGAAAUUGACCUUCGGCAAGGGCGCCUACUGGGCUGUCUGAAGGGGCUGGCAGGCAGUGUCCGAGGGUUGCAGUGCCACCCUUCAAAGCCGCUGCUAGCCUCCUGUGGCUUGGACAGAAUCUUGAGGAUACACAGGAUCCAGAAUCCACGAGGCCUGGAGCACAAGGUUUAUCUCAAGUCUCAACUGAACUGCCUUCUCCUGUCAAGCAGGGAUAACUGGGAGGAUGAACCACAAGAGCCUCAAGAGCCCAGUAAGUUACCUCCAGAAGACACAGAGGCAGAUGAACUUUGGGCUUCUUUGGAAGCAGCCGCCAAGCGGAAGCUCCCUGAUUUGGAGAAGACACCAGGGGCUUUCCAAACCAGACGGAAAAAGAAAAAGCGGCCUGGCUCCAUCAGCCCCUAAAAAGCCUGAGCUCAUUUUGUAAAUAAACGACUGAUACUCAUCAUGA